AUGUCUUCAAACGAUACUACAAUUGCUUAUUUAUCAACAGUUCAAGAAUAUUUACAGAAAUAUUUUAGUUUACUUAUUAUUACUAUUACCUCAAUUGGUAAUAUAUGUAAUUUUAUCGUAUUCCUUUAUGUUCCGCCAUUAAAUAAACAUCCCAAUGCAUUAUUUGUUAUAGCUUCAUCAAUUGGAAGUUUUCUUUUUAUAAAUAUUGCAUUAUGGUCAACUGUUAUAAAUAUGUUUAUUAAAUUUAAUUUAUCAAAUCAAUCAUUAUUUUGGUGUAAAAUAUAUACAUGGCUUUAUUAUUCAAGUGGUUGUUUUAGUUUUACAUGUCAUUGUCUUGCAGCAUUAGGGCAAUGUCUUUUAGUUUCACAAAAAGAUCAAUGGCAAAAAUUUUUGACACGUUUCAAAGCACAAUUAAUUAUUAUGAUUUCUGCUAUUAUUUGGCUAUUAAUAUUUAUUCCAUUGCCAAUAUAUAAUAAACUUGUUCAAUCAUCAUCAGGAACAUUUUCAUGUCGAAGUUCUCUACAAAUAAUAAGUUUUUAUAUUAAUUAUUGGAUUAUAAUUGGUUAUUAUUUACUGCCAAUUCUGUUGAUCUUAAUAUUAUUUAUUUUAACAUUGUAUAAUUUACGGCAAUUACUACAACGUCGUCGUAAUAUUGAAGGAGUAAUAACACGUAUGAUGUUAAUUCAAAUGUUCAUCAUAUUGUUAAGUGGAAUUCCUGCAGCUAUAUGCGCAAUUUAUUCAGUAGUUACAUCGAAUAUAACUAAAACACGUUUAAGAUUAUCAUAUGAAGCUACAAUAUAUCUUAUUUUCACUUUAUUAACUUUUUUAACAAAUGGAAUAUCAUUUUGGAUUUAUUUAUCAACAUCUCAAUCGUUUCGAAAACAUUUAAGAGAAUUUAUAUUAAAGUUAAAAUUAUUUAAGAACCGUAUAGAAUCAAUAUCAACAAUAAAUACAUAA